AUGGGGCUUUGUUUCAGCAUGAACAAGCACCAGCGGUUCCCCAAGGAAAAUCGCAAAUUCUCUUCCGUCAGCUCCAAGGCAGGAAGUGAAUCCAUGAGGUCUUCUGCUGCGCUAAAUAAGCAAAGCUCGUGUGAUACGCAUAGUAUGACCAAGAACACCGCUCCAAAAGUUCAUAGGAACGUUUCGGACCUUCGAAACAACCCGGGGUAUAGUAAUGUCGAUAACUUUACCUACAAGGAAAUGACAUUGGCAACGAAGUACUUUAGGCCGGAUUUCAUCCUUGGAGAAGGUGGAUUUGGUGUUGUAUAUAAGGGAGUCAUCGAUGAGAGUGUAAGGCCUGGAUAUCCUACCACGAAUGUUGCGAUCAAGGAGCUUAAUCCUGAUGGGUUGCAAGGAGACCGUGAAUGGCUGGCAGAAGUCAAUUUUUUAGGUAAACUCAGUCAUACUAACCUUGUAAAGCUUAUCGGCUACUGCUGUGAAGACGAGCACAGGCUUUUGGUCUACGAGUACAUGGCCAGUGGAAGUCUGGAAACACAUCUUUUCCGAAGAGUUGGUUGUACUUUGACAUGGCCAAAGCGAAUGAAGAUUGCUCUACAUGCUGCCAAAGGACUAGCUGUUCUUCACGGUGCAGAAAGAUCUGUCAUAUACCGUGAUUUCAAGACAUCAAAUAUCCUACUAGAUGCGGAUUUCAAUGCAAAGCUUUCAGAUUUCGGGCUUGCCAAAGAUGGACCCAUGGGUGACCAGACUCAUGUAUCAACACGGGUAAUGGGAACCUAUGGCUAUGCAGCUCCAGAGUAUGUAAUGACCGGGCACUUGACAGCGCGAAGCGAUGUGUAUGGUUUCGGAGUCGUGCUGCUAGAGCUGCUUCUGGGAAGGAGAGCACUAGACAAGAGCAGGCCAAGCAGAGAACACAACCUAGUCGAGUGGGCCCGGCCGCUCUUGAACCAAAACAAGAAGGUUUUGAGAAUCCUAGACCCUAGAAUGGAUGGCCAGUACUCGAGUAGGACGGCCUUGAAAGUAGCAAACUUAGCAUACCAAUGCCUUAGCCAAAACCCCAAGGAGAGGCCACUGAUGAGCGAGGUGGUCGAAUUGCUAGAGAGCGUACAAUCGAAGGACAGCGACGUAGAUGAACUAAUGCUUCAGAGCAACAACCAUAAAGGCGUGACACUUUACGAGGAUCCUGGCCACAGUCGUUCAGCAAAGAGCAGGAGCAAAAGAAAAGGGGAAGGAAGCUGGAGGAGUGUCAGUGAGGUCUCAGUAGAGCAGGUUAGCAGCAAUGCAUCUUCUCCUGAGCAUCAUCAUCAUCAUCAUCGUCAUCCUGCUGGAUUGCCGAAUGCGGUAAGGAAUCCAGAUAGUCAUCAACCGUGA